AUGAUUCUGCGUACCAUGCGUCGGGAAUGUUGUUUUCCAACUUCUUCUAGUGGUCCUUCACGUGAGCAAGUAAUUUCUUUAUGAAACGCAAGACGUAUGCUAGUACUCGUUGGCAUCUUUCGUGAUUACUGUGUCGUUUCCAGUCGAGUAGUUCCGCAGUACUAUUGUCUGUUCCAGCGGCCAAUAUACAAGCAUCUUCGCUGUUGUUCAGCGGCAGAAUAGUAACCAUCCUCCUUUCUUUCAAUGGUUUUUUCAAAUGCGUUCCAUUCAGCGUGGUCUGUUUUCCGACGUUCCUCUGUCUUUGGGCCACCGAAUUUGCCCACUCCAGACGAUUCGAAAGUACAGAAGUCUUCCCACGAUUGCACUGUCGCUUCAGAUUCCACUUGUUCCACUCCUUUCAGUGUGUGUAUCGUCAUUUCCUUCUCGUCCUUGUUGAUUGUCACAGAGGAAUCCCUGUUGUAUCCCGCUACUAGACGGUCCAUCGCUUCUUUGACCUUCUGCAUCUCCAGUAGGUACGAUGCUUUCGUCUUCUUGAACAGCUUUUGCAUUUCGAUGAUGUCGCAAGUUUCCUUGUUGAGGCUGAGUAGACCAGUGUGUGUCUCUAGGAUCCGUGUGAGGCGGUUUUGUGCUCUCGUCAGAACACCUUGUCUUACAGCGAUCAGAGAACACAUCUCCAAUGUAGAAAGAGAGAGAAAGGAAAGGGGAACUCGAAUUUUCAAUGGUUCACUCACUUGUCUUCGUUUCUUCGUUCCUGAGCGUAUAUCGGCCGAUGCACCAUAUGAUAAUUCCGGGUCUUGUGGGUGUUCUGCUGCCACGCGGGACUUCUUUUAG